AUGAAGAUACAAACGAACGCUGUGAACGUCCUUCAACGGACGUCCGCCUACUUAAAAUCAGGGUUGCUGAAAGAAACACCUGCAUGGUAUAAUGUUGUAGCGUCUAUACCACCAUCGACCAAGUUCACACGUGAACCUCGUUUCAAUAACCCUUCCAACGGAGACACAAUAGGAGAGCUUGAUGACGUGACGCAAAGGCAGCACGCUAACAAGAACGGACUUUACAAGACAAGACCUAAUACAAACGACAAGAGAGUGAGCGUGAAAAAGCUUUACAAGCCUCCCAAGCUAACCUACGUGGAGGAUAGGCUUAGAGCUCUUUUCUACAAACAACAUCCGUGGGAAUUGUCGAGACCCAAGAUCUUGGUGGAAAACGAAAUCGGUGAUGAAGAUUACGAUUGGGGCCGCAUGCUUCAACUGGGCAAACCACUCGAUGGUGAAAGUGUGGUCCAGCGGACCAUGCAUUUGCUCAAAACAAAACAAUAUGAAGAUAUGGUUGAAGCAUAUGACUCCGCCAGAUACGAGUUCUAUGCGUUGAGGAUGCAAGAAGAAACACAACAACAAGUGGCUUUGGAAGAGGCAGAGAUGUUCGGAUCCAUCUUCGGAGUUUCUGCUAUUGAACAUGGUAUACAAAAAGAACAAGAGGUCCUAGACGUGUGGGAAAAGAAGGUCAUUGAAGAAACCGAACUAAUGGCUGCAAAGUCAAGCAACCCUGCCGGCUCGUGGAAGGAUGAUACUACAUUAGACACGGCGCAAGACGAAGAACCAACCACCGCCGAGAACCUGCACUUCUAG